AAUGCUACCCGUCUCUUUAAAAUUAAAAAAUCUUUUUCAGAUGGACAUCACCAAGAAAUUUGCAGAGAGGGCUCACAUUUCUUAUGAUGCCAUAAACCAGAGAAUCAGGAAGGUCGAGGAGGUGUAUUUCAACGAAGAUAGGGAAUACUACGAUGUCUUAUGGCUUCAUAAUGAGGGAAUGGAAUACAGACUCAACCUGAAAACCAAAAUGUGUAAUGUCACUGCUCUCACCAGACCCUUCAGGAAGAUCGGCAUCCCGGCCAAUGCCAAGAGCGGCGGUGAGGCGUACAUUGGGUCCUCUGUAGCUAAUGACGGCGUGUUGGUAUCCCUGUGGAGCGAGACCACGGAACAAGGAGCUAAAUACUAUGGGUCCUGGACAUACCCCGCCUGUGUUCCCGUCUCUGACUAUUUCUACGACUCCUCAGUCGGACUUGUGCAGACACAUUUCUACAACGUGGAAGUAGGUAUUUCAGACCCCGAUAGGUUCAUCCCACCAAUGGAGUGCAAGAAACCAUAAAUAAAAGCCAAGUUAUCGUGUCUGAACGCCAAACAG